UAUCAUAUUUUUAAUGCUGACAUUUACCAAGAUCGAAAAUAUUCAUUACAAAAAUUCUUUAAAUUCAAGUAGAUACAAUCAUGGCAGAAGAUGUGGAAGAUGAUAUUGGCGAGGAGAUAACAGAUGAAGAUUUUGGAGAUGCACCGCAAUACUAUCUUCUCUCGUUGGCUGACCGAGAAGCAAAGUUCGAGUCACCAAUAAAUAUUUCUCUGGGUUUCUGCAAGGACCUAAUACUGCCCCAUCUAUGUUGGUAUCACUUCGAUAAAGUUCCUAAAAAAAUGAAAAUCACCAAUACUGGCCACACUUUGAUCCUGAGUGCCAAGUACUGCGAAGAGCGACCUUAUAUAGCCAAUGGUCCGCUUAUCGGAAAAUAUGUAUUUUCACAGUUGCAUUUUCAUUGGGGCUGCAAUAAUAUGGAAGGAAGUGAGCACACCAUAGAUGGAUCAGCACUGCCCGGAGAAAUGCACGUGGUGACGUUUAAGAGUUGUUAUUUAACCCAAGAAUCGGCUCUGAAAGAGAAAGAUGGUGUUGCAGUUAUUUCAUAUUUUUUCAAGUUGCAGAAUUCUGAGAAUCCGAUUCUUCAACGACUUCUGGAUGCUCUGCCCGAAAUAAAGGAUGCCAAUACCUCCUUCAAAUUAGAGCCAUGGCCUCUCAGCGACAUCAUCUUGGAGUUCGAUAGGGAUUACCUUACCUACUGGGGCUCGGUAACAGCAUCAGGAUGUCAUCAUUUCGUUUUAUGGUUCAUUUGUCGGUAUCCCAUAGGAGCAAGCUUAGAACAGAUGGAAUCUUUUCGAGAAUUGAAUGAUUCGAAGGGGAAACCUCUCACAAGGAAUUUUCGACCAAUAAAUCCUUUGAGCGAUCGACAUAUCUUUCAUGUGAAUCCUUCAAAUAAUAGACAUACAACCUUAUACCCGUUAGCAUUGUCAAAUAAAAGGCAAAGAAUAUAGGAAAUUUCUACAAUA